AUGUCGGAUGUCGAGAAAAUGUAUCCUCCACUGAGUUUUAAAUCUAAAGUUUGGAAACACUAUGGAUUUUACAAGAAAGACGGACGACUUGACAAGACAGAUGCAAUUUGUAAAUUGUGCCGCGCAUCUGUAAAAUACACGGGCAGUACGACUAAUCUGAUAUCUCACUUGAAGCGGCGCCACGGUGUUGUUGUGGAGGAAGCAUCUGCCAGUGCCCCUGCAUCCCCUGCCUCCUGCUCUGAUUCACCUGUAGCUACCAGCUCCAAAAGUGGUAAGAAAAGUAUUGAAGGUUUUUUCCAUGCCCCGCUUGCUAACAAUUCCACGCGCUCUACGGCAAUAACAGAUGCUAUUGCAUUGUUCAUCUGCAAAGAUAUUCAGCCCUAUAGUGUCACGGAGAACGAAGGUUUUAAACACCUCCUCCAUGUUUUGGAGCCUCGUUAUAAGAUACCAAACCGAAAGCUAUUCUCCGAUAAACAGAUUCCUGCUCUGUACGACAAAACCAGAGUGUUCAACGAGGCUCACACAGGUAAUAAUCUAGCCGUUUUACUUCAGGAUGUUUGCCGCGAGUGGAAGAUCGAAGAGAAGAGCCCCGCGUUAGUCACAGAUAAUGCCAGAAACAUGAUCCUGGCUGGUGCUGGUGCCAAAAUGGACCCACACGUGAGAUGCAUUGCCCACAAAUUGAACUUGGCAUCUCAAAAAGCCUUUAAGGUGGACAGUGUCUCUGUGCUGGUUGUGAAAGUUAGGAAGCUUGUCACCUUUUUCCACAAAAGCCCCAAGGCAACUGAAGUUCUGCGUGAAAUACAGACCCAGUUACACCUGCCCAACCACAAGCUCAUCCAUGACGUGUCCACCAGAUGGAACAGUACCCUCGACAUGUUGGAGCGUUUCUGGGAGCAGCAGCCUGCUGUGCUGAACACCCUGCUAUCCAGGAAGAUAAAGAGGCGUGAGGCUAUGGCCAGUUUGACAGAAGAUGACAUGACACUGAUCCCAGAGAUCAUCAAAUUAAUGUCACCUCUGAAAGUGGCAACCACACUCCUCACACUUGACCCGCGUUUUAAAGACCUGGCUUUUCUGGAUGACAGUGAUGCCAAGGAUAUGGUAUUCAUGAAGAUAACAACAGAGGUGGUACAGAUGAAUGGAGAGGAAGAGGUCAGUGACACAGCAAUGCCGAAUGAAGACCAGGCAACAGGCACAUUUGAAGAGGACCAGACAGCUGAAACAGAAGGCAACAAAAGCCCUUCCAAAGAGGACAAGACAGAUGAUGUCCCUCCAAAGAAAAAGACUGCCAUGGACCAGAUGUUUGGAGAUUUCCUGAGUGCAAGACCACCAGCAAAGACCAUCAGGGAGAAAGCUAAGGAUGAAAUCUUAAAAUAUAGAGAAAGGGACACUUUAGGUUUGGAUGGGGAUGUGUUGCAGUGGUGGAGACUGCAAGUAGAUCUUCCACCGCUAUCAGCUUUAGCAAAGAGAUAUCUGUCCAUCCCAGCAACAAGCGUACCAGCUGAAAGAGUUUUCAGCACAGCUGGAGAUAUAGUUACAGCUCAGCGUAGCUUGCUUCACCCUGAUCAUGUUGAUCAGUUGAUAUUUCUGAAGAAAAACCUUUAA